UCACAUGUAUGUACUCACGCACACAUAUCAUCUUGUUUCGUUGCUCUGCUGGUACAAAGACCGACUGAACGUUCAGUAUCGUACCAGUUAGCAUUCGUUUUGGACGUGUGCGAUCGAACAAACUGCAGCGGCAAAUUUGUUCCAAGUGAGACUCCGCAAAGACUCCACACUUAUCGAAAAUAUCUUAAAUUUCAAUAAUAUUGAAGGGCUACGAAGUUUCAAGAGAGUUCAAGAGAGUUCAAGAGAGAGAGAGAGAGAGAAAGAGAAAAAAAGAUUUUUGAUUCGCAAUUUUCUUGUAAAGGGUGGACGCACCCUUCGUCAUCGUUUGAGAGAUCGUCGAGAUGGGGAUGAUAGCACGCGUGAGGCGUCGCGUUCGCGCGAACUCGCUGACGGUCGACAAGGAGAAAACGGCGCAAAGCGUCUGUCUUCUGAGCGCGGUUCUCCUUCUGCCCUAUUGCCCACGCGGCCCGCUGCCGCUUCUACCGUCGCCUGCGCCGGUCCUGUACUCAGCCCUCGUCCUGCCGGUCGUUUUAAGCGCGAAUUACAGGUACCCGGUUCCGACCCUUAAGACUCUCGCCGAGGCGGCCAAAGGUGGAGCGAAGAGAGCUUGGCAUCCCUUGAACCGUUUCCUGAGACGGCUGUACGCGCCGGUGGACCGCGCGGAGAAUCUCUUCCUGAAGAUGCGCAAUCUCUCUGUCAUGGCGAAUCAAAUAGUAUUUCUAAUUUUGGCCGACAAAGUGCUGCUGCCGCAGCAGAGACUGACCUGCCUGUACACGCUCAUGUUUUAUAACGUGAUAGCCUACUGCGUGAGCUAUAUUAAGGAGCUGAUCCAGAAGGAAGACUGGUCGCCGUAUGUCACCCUGACCGAACGAUCCAAGAUCAAACAUCUCGCAAUGUCGGCCACCAAGAUCGUGCUCGAGUGGACCAAGGCGGUGACAUUUAUCGUCACGGUGACUUUCAUGCUACUCGUGUUUGGACUGGAGCAAGGCCUCGAUCAUUAUAAACCCUCUUUAAUCUAUACGGUGAUCACAUGGAUUUAUUAUUCGGCGACGGAGAAGGUCUUUGUCGAGAUGUUUCCGACGAUCUUGGGCUUCCUGCAGCUGGAAGCGUUGGAGAACAUCGAGAACCUUUAUGCGCCGGUAAUACUCCGCUGUUUUACGAUCGCCAUAUCGGCGAUCUUCAACGUUCUGCUAUUGCCGUCGGCCUCUUGGAGGUUUCUAAUGGCCGCCACGUAUCUGAACGUGUAUCUGCGAUGGAAGGAACUGAUGGGGAAUUCGGGCGCGGUGCUGCGACGGGAACGCGAGGUGUUGAAUCGCUACAGAAAGGCGACCCUCGAGGAGAUCGAGAGGUUCGACGAUGUGUGCGCGGUGUGUCUGUGUAGCAUGACGAAGGCCAGGGUGACACCCUGCCACCAUCUCUUCCAUGCGGACUGUCUGCGACAAUGCCUGAAGACCAGCGACAAAUGUCCCAUGUGCAAGCGCGAGCUUAAAUUCGAUUAAAUAAACGACGUCAAGAAAUAUGCCCUUUUGAUUACCUCCAGAAAGUUUUACGAGAUUCUCGAAACGAGUCGAAGAAGACGAGGAGGCAGACGUGUGUGAAUGACAUUUCGUGUUUGGAAGAUUUACGACGUCCUUUAUAUAUAUUUGGAUUUACGACAUCAUUGGCGUCGAAAAGAUUUACGGCAUUCUUUUCGUUUCUCUGUGUAAAGGUUUAAAAAAGAUUUAAAACGACACACUUAGGCAUUCGUCAUUAUUCGAGGAAAGAAUCAGCAAAGGGUAAAGGAGAUAUAUUUUGCGAUAUAUGGAGCAUUCGCAACUCGCUUGGAAUGCAUGUUCCUUUAGAUAUACGUUACUGUGAUAUAGAUCAACAGCAUUGUAGCUUAGGAUCAUACCAGAGAUACACAUAGUCGAUCAAUUCAUGACCGAUAUGUUAUUCAUAUUUUUAAUGUAACUGGCGAAUGAAAAUACGCUUAUUUUAUAUUACUAUCUUUCGUUAAUGUAUCGUUAAUGUAAUGUUCGUCGGAAAAAAACUGCGAAUUGCGUUAUAUAUGCAUAUUUCGUAAAGUACUUUUUUUGUUGCGUGUUUGGCACAAAUUGUGCCAAACUCCUCCUUCUCUUUUUUUUUUUAAUCUGAAAUAAUGGAAAAUUGUUUUGCAACAUAUUGUCAUGGGGCAACAUAGGGUUAAUACAACUUAAAAUAGUACCGUUUUGCACGCUACAAUUUGUUUUUUAGAAAUUGCGAAUGAAAUAAGUUGAAAGCUGUAUGAUAAUGCAAUUAAGAGAGAUCAAAUAGUAUUAAAAUAUGUCUGCAUAGAGUAAAUCCUUUUCACAUUUUAGAUGAUAUCUAGUCUAACAAAACUUAAUUUUCUCAGGAGUUAUGACAGAUAGAAUAAGUUUUUAUUCCAUUGAAGCUAUUGAUAUCUUAUAAUGUAUGCUUUUUUUAAUGUAAUUUGUUGCUGACUUAAGCAGUAAAUUUUCUUUUUCAAAAGAAAAAGAAUAAGUUUUUCUCCUUAUACUAAAAUAUUUAUUUGCUUCUAUCGCUUCUUAUAUUCUCUUAAGAGUUCAUGUAACAUUGUUAAAUGUAUUUCGAGUUGGAAAUACACGGUUUAUUUGUA